AUGAGUCUAUUGAUAUCACAAUUAGGACAGAAAACUGAUAACAUUGAUAUCAUUUGUUUCAGUUUAGUUUGUAAGAGAUGGUACAACGAUAGAGAUAAAUAUUUAUUAUUCAACACUGAUCGUAUCGAUCUAUUAUCACUUAACAACAUUGAUAUAAAUCAAAAUCAUAAUCAUUUCAAAUUACCAUCAUAUAAUAAUAUCUUGUUGAAAUCAAUUCAAUCAAAGACAAAAUGUAAACUCUUUAUUGGUAAAAUAAAAUAUAAUACAUUCGAUUAUCAUUAUGAUGAUGUUAGAAAUCUCAAAAGUAUUCCCAACAAUGUUUCAGAUAUCUAUUUUACAACCAACGAAUAUACAGAGGAUGAUAUGGAGUAUCUCUAUAGAUUAAUAUCGGAAUCACAAUCAGUAACAAAGUUGAAUAGAUGUAAGACAUUGAAAUAUGGAUUACCAAAGUCAAUCAAAUCUCUCAAGUAUGAAUAUGGUGUAGAUGAACCACUUGUUAAAGGAUUACUUCCCAAUUCAUUAGAGGUUUUAGUUUUAGAAGAUCGAAAUUUCAAACAAGAGAUUCCACCAGGUGUACUUCCAGAUUCUUUGCGCAAACUUUAUCUACCCAACUAUCAAUAUAAAAUUCAGCCAGGUGUACUUCCAAAUGGUUUGCAGAAAUUUUCUAUGGAUGGUUAUCGACAUGAAAUUCAACCAGGUCUAUUGCCAUCAUCUCUCAAAAGUUUAGGUCUGACCAGUUACACCUCCGAACUCAGGGAAUAUUUGAGAUAUUCCUUCAAUCCCACCACAUUUGGAGAUAGUAGAGAACCGAAAUCAUAUUUACCAAUUUCAUGGUUACAUGCAAUAUCAUCACUUUCCAAUCUUCGAUCACUUUACAUUUUUAUUCCCCUGAGCAGUCGACAUGAUACCACAAUAUUCAAUCUCAACUAUCUCCCACCAACUUUAGAAAAACUAGAUAUUACACUACAAGGAAAAGAGAGUAUAUUGAAAGGAACAAUGCCAACAUCAUUGAAAAGAAUCCUUCUUGUAGAUUGUCAAUUUAAGUUCGAUGAAAUAUUCCCAGAAACGCUGCAAUAUCACUUGGAAAUAUUCUAUUUUAUAAAUGACAGUUUUAUUCCAAUUCCGCCGAAUAUUAAGAUCGAUAGUUUAUCAGUAUGUGGAGAGACCAUCAAAUCAACGAUAUCUCUACCAUCUGGAGUUAGAUCAAUCAACUUAUAUAUGAAAUCCUCUGGUUCAGAUGAGAACAAUAUAGAUUUUUGUGGAGAUGGUGUUGCCGAUCAAAGAUGUUCAUUAAGAGAACUUCGUCUUCCAACAUUCGUGGAUGGACCUCCCAAAGUUAAACUACCAAAAACCAUCGAAUAUCUGGAUAUUGGUAACAAUAAUCUCAAUGAUAUAUUGCAUUUGAUACCAUCAACACUCAAUACUCUCGUCUUUGAAAACCAAUCUAAUAACAAUUUCAGCAUUCCAAACACUAUCAAAUCAAUCAACAAUAUCAUCUAUAGAUUUAAAUCAUACGAAACACUAUCAAUUAGAAAGUUGGACAAUAAUUAUUAUUUAUUAUAUUCCGAAAAUGAAGGUAGAUUAAGAUCUCAAAUAUUUCAUCAAUCUAAACUUGAACAAAUGUUAAAAUUCAGAUAA